CAAAGUCCGUCUGCCCUCAAACAGCAGUUCAGCGCGGUUCGUCCCUGUUUCUUGUGUGUAAGAGACUUCAAGUGAGGAGUCCGGAUCGUCCUCAUAUAAACAGAUCCUCAGAUCACUCUGACUUCAUCACAGGUUAACAGCCAUGGGUUCUUCAGUGAAAAGCAGCAGUCCCUUCACUACACAUGUGCUGAACACUGGGGACGGGGUCCCAGCGGUUAGGAUGGCCCUCAGUCUGCACCGCCUGGACCCCCGCACGGCCAUCUGGAACCUCAUUACCAUCGGGAACACAGAUGAGGACGGACGCUGUCCAGGACUAAUAACCAGCGAUGCCUUCACCCCGGGGAUGUACAAGGUCCGCUUCGAGACGGGCCAGUACUGGGAGAGUUUGGGACUGUCCAGCUUUUACCCGUAUGUUGAGAUUGUCUUCAGUGUGAGUGAUGCUGAUCAGAGCUGUCAUGUGCCGCUGCUGGUCAGCAGAUACUCAUUCAGCACCUACAGAGGGAGCUAGUGAGCAGACUACUGCACAGAAACACUGGCUUCAGCAUCUGUCAAGACAUUCUCAAAGAGAUGAGAUUCACAUUGUCAUGGGUCCGAGAAAUCACCUCAAGCAGCCGCUUUCAACUUGAUCACCCCACCACAAUUUUCUGAAAGUUGUCAUGUUGCUGUUUGUUCAUUGUUCUUCAGAGUGAUCAAAAUAUAUAUAUAUGAAUACAGAAUAAAAUUCCAUUCAUAUAUCUGUA